AUGGCACCCCGCAAGAACGCCCAAUCUACACCGGCCGAGCUGUCGCUCGUUCACCUGCGCAACUGUCUUGUCAACCUCCCCUCCUCGCUGGUCUCCCUCUUGGUCAAUAUCAACACUCCUGCUCAAAAUGUAGUCGUCGAGCUCUCCUACCGAAACCCCCCGACGGGCGGUGCCCCUUCCGCCGCGCCGCAGUCCAUCUUCGUCGGCUGGACAGGCAUGCCCAGCAAGCGCAAGGUCACACCUGUUGUCGGACGCGACGGCAUCAAUGGCAUAAGGGGAAACCCCUCCUCUCGCGACCAGGACAUUGGUCUUGUCGAGAUUGACGCGACCCUCGCCAAUACCCUAGGCCUGGCCGACGGCCAAAAGAUCACAGCCUCGAUCCACGUCGACCCCCCGCUGGUCCACACCAUCAACCUCGAGCCUCUGACUCCCGAAGACUGGGAGAUUAUUGAGCUUCAUGCCACAUUUCUGGAGCUCAAUCUCCUCUCCCAGGUCCGCGCGCUGCCAAAUCCAGCUUUCAAAUCCGCUUCAGGCCAGCCCGUGCCAGCCCACGCCUUGACUCUGCACCUUUCUCCGACCUCCACCGCGCGAAUAAAGACAAUCUCCCUCGACCCUCCUCCGCCAGCAGACUACCCAUUCGCCAAGAUUUCUCCUGACGCCGAAGUCAUCGUUGCUCCCAAGACCCGCCCGAAAACGACCCAGUCCUCGUCCGAGAACCGCAGCGUUGCCAGCACAUCCAAGUCGCGCCGCAGCGGCACCAGCUCCGGCCGUAAGAAGAGCACGCGCGAGCGCAAGAACAAGAUCACUCUUAGGGGUGUCGACAGGAAUAUGUGCCUCGACUGGUUCGAAGAGGAGGUCGUGGCGCCUGACUUCAGCAUCUGGGUCGAUCACGAUCUACUGCAUGCUCGGGGCUUCAAUGGCGUCAACUAUGUGCUGGUGACCGUGCUGCGCGAGUCUGGGAGCGUGGCGAACACGCCUCGGCCCCAGGCGGACGACCCGGCGCCGGUGACUUCGCAUGUCGCGACAAAAGUGGUCGCCCACCUGCGUACGUGGGAUGAUCCGCCGGAUAGCAAGCCUGCUGCUCUGUCAUCGCCUCUGUGCGCGGCCUUGGGCUUCACCGGCAUGGUGGGUGGUAUUAUUGAGAUAGAGGCAGCCUCGCAGCCUGUGGGGCGGGACGCGGUGCAGAAGCUCGCUGUCUAUCCCUUUGCCACAUCCAAAAAGACGAGCGAGGGCCUCAAGUUUGGUUCGGAAUCAAAGGCCGAGAGGGAAGAAGCUGCAAAGACGUUCAGGCACAUCUAUGCGGGCUCUCAGAAGGCCUCGUCUCUACUUGCGGGUCCUCUCACUGACGGCACGCUGUUCGGGUUGUAUGACGGCCUGGAAAGCCCCCAGGGCUGGGAGGGUGGUGUCAUCAAGUUCGAGCCCGCACCGAGCUCGCCAGACUCGAAGGAACCGGGCAGGUGGACCCUCGGCAUCAGCGAAAAGACUCCCAUCGAGUUUCAGGCCCCUAUUCCACGCCCCGCAUGGAUGACCGAAGACAGCAUCGCGGAGCCCCUGCCCUCAUACGAUGGUCUCCUUGUUAGCAUCGACAAGCUGCUGCUGGACCUACAGUCCCACCUGUCGAACCUAUCGACGAGUCUUUUGACCGGUGCCUCGGGUUCCGGCAAGACUUCCGUCGCGAAAUACGUGGCGCAGAGGCUGCGCGAAGACUCCUUUUUCCACACAACCUACUUCUCCUGCAAAAAGCUUGUCAACGACGAAAGCCGAAUGGCUUCCAUCAGAUCAACUCUGAAUCAGCUGUUCCUGACGGCCAGCUGGGGUGCCAAGUUCGGCGGCAAGGCUGUGAUUAUCCUCGACGACCUCGAUACAUCGUGCCCCGCAGAGACGGAACUCCAGACGACGGACAACGGUCGCAGCCGUCAGGUCAGCGAGAUCAUUAGCUCCAUGGCCAGGCAGUAUUGCAGUGUCGAGAGCGGAGUAGUGCUCCUAGCAACAGCAGAGGGAAAAGAGGCGCUCAACGAGAUCAUUGUCGGAGCAAAUGUCUUUCGAGAGGUUCUGGAGCUCAAGGCGCCAAAUAAGGACGCGAGACGCCAGGUUCUCGAGGCCAUUGUCAAGCAAGAAGCCACUUCGCCCGAUAAUGAUGCGGCGCCCUCGCACGAUGGAAGCCGGCCUACGACAGCCGAUGGCAGCGCUGCAGCCGAAGACAGCAACUGGAUGGACGGCGCCAGCCAAGGCAGUCGCGAGAAUACCACGAGACAGCCUGGACGCUUCAUACUGGACUCUGAUCUCGAUUUCCUGGACAUUGCUGGUUUGACUGAUGGGUACAUGCCCAAGGAUCUUAGCGUUGUCAUUGAAAGAGCACAGAACGAGGCCGUGAUACGGUCGGUAGACAGCUCCUCCAAGCCGAACGCCAAGCCGGGGCCAAUUCGCCUCACCCGGCUAGACUUUGACAAUGCUCUGAAAGAUUUCACGCCCACAUCGCUUCGCGACGUCUCGCUGCAGAGCUCGACAACCACCUUUAGCUCAAUUGGCGGUCUUCAAGAGACACGACAAGUGCUUCUGGAGACUUUGUUAUACCCCACCAAGUACGCGCCGGUCUUCGAGAAGUGCCCACUUCGUCUCCGUUCAGGUCUACUUCUCUACGGCUACCCCGGCUGCGGUAAGACACUGCUUGCGAGUGCGGUAGCAGGCGAAUGCGGCUUGAACUUCAUCAGCGUCAAGGGUCCUGAGAUUCUCAAUAAAUACAUCGGUGCAUCCGAGAAGAGUGUUCGAGAUUUGUUCGAGCGAGCAUCAGCAGCCAAGCCGUCGGUUCUCUUCUUCGACGAGUUCGAUUCCAUCGCACCCAAGCGUGGCCACGACUCCACAGGCGUGACAGACAGGGUAGUCAACCAGCUCCUUACUCUUAUGGACGGCGCUGAAGGUCUCUCGGGCGUGUACGUCCUCGCCGCUACCUCGAGGCCAGAUCUCAUCGACCCGGCCUUGCUUCGUCCUGGUCGUCUCGACAAGUCCCUCCUGUGCGACCUCCCGACCCUCGAAGACCGCGUUGACAUCCUCAAGGCUCUUUCUCAGCAGGUCAAGUUGGACCCCGAAAUGUCAGAGUCUGAUGAGGCUUGGACGGAAAUUGCUCGUCGCUGCGAGGCCUUUUCGGGUGCCGACCUUCAAGGCCUCAUCUCCAACGCGCAACUCGAGGCCAUUCACGAUGUGCUCCAAGAUGACAGCCAUAACGAGCCUGUGGCGAACGGCAAAACAAACGGCGUCCAUAAGGCUGAAUCUGUUCCGAGUUUCGUGCAUUUCCCCUACUGCGAGCCCGAGGAGCCGUCAUCUACCUCCUUGAUCCAGCCCAACAAGUUCCACGAGAGGGCGGCUAUCAUGGCCAAGCUUGAAGGUAUAAAGCAAGCGCGCAAAAGGGCGAGGCGUGCGCAGCAGCCGGAAGCGGUCAAGGCGGCGGUGGAGGACAAGGAAGUCGUUGUUGGGUGGAAGCACCUUGUCAAGGCGCUCGUGGAAACCAAGGCGUCGAUCAGCGCGCAGGAGCGCAACAGGCUGAAGAGAAUCUACCACGAGUUCGUCGUGGGCCGAAGCGGAGAGAUGAAGGAUGGACAGCCUAGCAUGGAGAUUGGGGGGCGGAGUAGCUUGAUGUGA